AUGGUGGGAGUGUGGUGGUGGUGGCGGCAACACGGCGAUGCUGGUAGGCGGUGCGGCGGCGGUCCGUGGUGGGGGCAGGGGCAGUUCGGUGGUUGGAUUAGGGUUAUGGAGGGGAAGGAGAGAAAAAGGGGGCGAGGGGUUGGGGGUGGUGGGGUGUGGUGGCUGGCAGUUCUAGGUGGAUGUCGUGGUGGUGGCGGGUUGGUUAUGGGGGCAGCAGUGGGUGAAAGGGGGAGAAGAGGUGGGGGAGAAGAAGAAGAGAAAGAAAAAGGGGGGUGUCGCGGUAGUGGCGAGGUGGUGCGGUGGCAAGGGUGCGGCAGCGCGGUUCUGGUGGCUGGUCGGUGGUGGUGGGUUGCAGAGGAGGGAGGAGAGAGUGCAGAGGAGGAAGGAAGAAGAGAAUGGGUUGACGCGAGAGGGUUUAGGGUUUUGCGUGGGUUGGUUUAA